GAUUCCAGUGAAAAAAUGAAUCGCUUUUCUACCAAGUACACAGAGCAUAAAACAGUGACCAACAAGCUGGUGAAAUGGGAGGACUCAAAAGCCACAAGAAUAGUACGGAUUUCAGUUACAGAUGGCAAUGCUACGGACUCAUCUGGUGAUGAAAAGGAGGAAUCGAAAAGGCAUCAUCCAAGAGUCAAAAAACAUAUAAACGAGAUAAGAAUAACAAGUUGUGGGAGCGACAGAGCAGCAGAGGAUGCAAAAAAAAUUUCAAAAGUGGUAAGCCGGCAACAAGUUGUGAAAAAAAUUUCAAGGGAUCAAUGUUCUUAUCCAGGGGGGAAAAGGUAUCGUGGUGUGAGACAAAGGCCAUGGGGGAGGUGGGCAGCAGAGAUCAGAGACCCUUAUAGGAGAAUCCGGCUAUGGUUAGGGACUUAUGAUACAGCAGAGGAGGCAGCCAUGGUUUAUGAUCAGGCUGCUAUUCGUAUUAAAGGACCUGAUGCACAAACCAAUUUCACAAAACCUCCGGUGAGCAAACAACAUGCCCCAGAUGUUGAUAUUAACGUUAACAUUUCUGGGUAUGAGUCUGGUAAAGAAUCUCAUAAUAGUCUGUGUUCUCCAACUUCUGUGCUUAGAUUUCAAUCUACAGAGGAACUGGGGCCACAGUCACAGGCUGCCGUACAGAGUGAUUGUUGCUGGAGGAUACAAACGCAAGAAGAGGUGGUUCAAGAAGAAAUUAUUAAGGUCGGUGAGGAUGAUGAGUGUUUGGUUACAGAUCCUUUUUGUUUGAAAGAGUUUUGGGAUUUUGAAAAUCCUGCUCCGAUUUUUUUGGAGGAGUGUAGUGUACCGGAUACUGUUUUGAGAGAAGAUUAUGCUGAUAUCUCGGUACAUUUGGAUGGUGAUUUGGGUUCCUGUUUAUGGGAUGUCGACAAGUACUUUGAGGCUUAAUUACUCUCCAUUUGGGUUUAAGGUUAUAGCUACCUACCUACUGAUAUGAUGGUUUGGUAAAUUCCGAGGGGAGUUUUGGAUCAGUACCGCCCUGUUUUGUUUUUCCGUUUUAGAUGUAGUAGUUUUGUCUAAAA